AUGGAUUCGCAGCGAGACUUGGUUUUCUGCCACGAGUGCGAGAACGAGUGGUUCCGAGACGAGGGCGGCCUGACAUGUCCAGACUGCCAUUCCGACUUCACAGAGAUCGCACAACAUGACCCUAGACAGGCCCAUGCCGAAGAACAAGCCCCGCCACAUCCUUUCAAUGACCACAAUCCAUGGGCAAACACUCCCCUCGAUGCCCCCGAUCCCGACGAGAGCGACAUUCCCACCUUCCAAUACCGCACCAAUCCUCAAGGUGGCAUCUCAAUGAGUUUCAGCCACACUUUCUCUUCUAACAACAACAACAACUCCCGUGGUCCUGCCUCACCUGCUCCUCCGCAGAAUGGACAAGCACCCGAUGCCAUCCUCAGAAUGUUGAACCAAAUCAUUGGUGGAGUCGCACGCCAACCACAUCCCGCUACCCGCGAUGCUGCAACACAAUCUCCUGAUGGCGACCCCAAUGUGCGCGUCUUCACUGGCGGUGGUCCCAACUUCCAGUACACGGCCACAACUCGUCUCGGUCCUCGUGAUGCCAACAGUCCACAAGCCCGUGCCCCGGCCAUUGAUAACCUACCGGGCAUACUCAACCAAAUGUUUCACGCUCCUCCACGAGGCGCCGGUCCCGAGCCCAACUUCGAGCCACAUGGCUUUGGUAACUUGUUGAACACCCUCUUCAACCCUGCCAACAUGCAACACGGUGAUGCCGUCUACAGUCAAGAAGCUCUGGAUCGGAUAAUAUCUCAGCUCAUGGAGCAGAAUCAAUCCAACGCCCCAGGCCCUGCUUCGGCCGAAGCCAUUGCCUCUCUGCCGCAGAAAGCCAUCACCAAGGAAGAUUUGGACGAAACAACCGGAAAGGCUGACUGUUCCAUCUGCAUGGACGAGGCUCCAAUCGGAACUCAAGUCACCUGCCUACCCUGCACUCAUUGGUUCCACCCCGACUGUAUCAAGGCCUGGCUGGGUGAGCACGACACAUGCCCUCACUGCAGGCAGGGUAUCAUGCCCAGAGAUGGUCCCGAGGACGCAAUAAGACCUAGAGAACCUGGCCAGGCUGCGAGAAACGACCGAACUUGGGGUCAAGGCGAAGGCACCAGAGAUGAUCCUAUUAAUGUCGAAAGCCCUGAUCGUCCUCGCACCACCAACAAUGCUACAUCCGCUUCAGGCACUGCUUCUGGGGCCGGUACCUCUGCGUGGGCUCGCAUGAGAGACGCCUUCGGUGGUGGCAGUGGAGGGAGCAAUGCUCCUCCGGGAGCUUCUUAG